GCGCUGGGGGCCGGGCAGGCCGUGCGCAUGCGCCGGCCGGGCGGACUGCAGCGUGCCGAAUGUCCGGGCUGCGGGCGCUGCUGGGCGUCGGGCUGCUGGUUGCGGGCUCGCGCCUGCCCCGGGUCGCAGGUCAGCAGAGUGUGUGCCUUGCAGGGCCUGCCUGGUGGGGGACGCCGCGCCGGGGCUCGGAGACCAUGGCGAGCGCCGCGGUGAAGUACCUGAGCCAGGAGGAGGCGCGGGCCGUGGACGAAGAGCUAUUUAACGAAUACCAAUUCAGCGUGGAUCAACUCAUGGAGCUGGCCGGGCUGAGCUGUGCCACGGCCAUUGCCAAGGCUUAUCCCCCCACGUCCAUGUCCAAGAGUCCCCCUACCGUCUUGGUCAUCUGUGGUCCUGGGAAUAAUGGAGGGGACGGCCUGGUCUGCGCGCGACACCUCAAACUUUUUGGUUACCAGCCAACUAUCUAUUACCCCAAAAGACCUAACAAGCCGCUCUUCACUGGCCUAGUGACUCAGUGUCAGAAAAUGGACAUUCCUUUCCUCAGUGAGAUGCCCCCAGAGCCCAUGAUGGUUGAUGAGCUGUAUGAACUGGUGGUGGACGCCAUCUUUGGUUUCAGCUUCAAGGGUGAUGUUCGGGAGCCAUUCCACAGCAUCUUGAGUGUCCUGAGUGGACUUACUGUGCCCAUCGCUAGCAUCGACAUUCCCUCAGGGCUGGGGAGCAGAGUUCAUGCUGACCCUGUGGGAAAACCCAAACCUGAUAGUACUGGACUAAGAGUUUCCCUGAUCAUCUGUACUUCCUCACCACCUUCUCUCUUCAGGAUGGGAUGUAGAGAAGGGAAACCCUGGAGGAAUCCAACCAGACUUACUCAUCUCACUGACAGCUCCCAAGAAGUCUGCAGCCCAUUUUACUGGCCGGUAUCAUUUCCUGGGGGGACGUUUUGUACCACCUGCUUUAGAAAAAAAGUACCAGCUAAACCUCCCAUCCUACCCUGACACAGAGUGUGUCUACCUUCUACAGUAAGGGAGGUGGGCGGGCAGGUUUCUAAUAAAGGCUUGGUGCCGUCUCUCUUCAAA